AUGGGAACCCAAUCACCUGUAUUAUAUAAAUCUCCAUUUACUGGCUUAAUUUUCCAAACUCAUUUCCCCAUGAUGAUGAAUAACUUCCCUGAUCAAGCUUACCUCAUCUGGGUUGUUCUUUUCACCACCUUAUAUCUCAUCUCCUUUACCAAUGCUGCAACUUUUAACAUUACAAACCAAUGUACCUACACGGUGUGGGCCGCGGCCUCUCCAGGAGGCGGCAGGCGAUUGGAUCGAGGCGUUUCAUGGGCUCUAAACGUUGAUGGGAGAACCGCGGGUCGUAUAUGGGGCCGUAUGAAUUGCAGUUUCGACGCUAAUGUUCCAGGCCAGUGUCAAACCGGGGAUUGUGGAGGGCGUCUAGAAUGUCAAGGAUAUGGUAAGCCGCCCAAUACCCUAGUCGAAUUCGCCUUAAACCAAGCCGGCAAUCAGGAUUACUUCGACAUAUCCCUAGUUGACGGGUUCAACAUCCCGGUGGAGUUUAGUUCCAGUGCCCCUUGCGGCCGUCACAUUAAAUGUUCAGCGCCGAUUGUGGAACAAUGCCCGGCUGAGCUAAGAGUUCCCGGGGGAUGCAACAGUCCUUGUAACGUUUUUGGUACAAAUCAAUAUUGCUGCACUAAUGGACCUGGAAGUUGUGAGCCAACAACGUUUUCCAGGUUCUUUAAAAAUAAAUGUCCUGAUGCUUAUAGUAAUCCUCAGGAUGAUCAAGCUAGUCUGAACACUUGCCCAAGUGGUACCAAUUAUAGGGUAGUUUUCUGCCCGUGA